GAGCUGGCCCAGAAAAUUCAUGAAGUGCUGACAACGGUCUGCACACCAAAGGUCACAGAGAUCAUGUCUGACAGAGUAUCGUCCAAGAAACAAUGCUUGCCCAAACCCACAGCCAAGGACAAGAAGCUCCUCAACUGGACUCCGAAAGAUGGCCAGGUGGUGGUGCAUGAAGAUGAUGUAGUGGCCCACUACGAUAUUUUGAAGAUCUAUUUGACUGAAUUUGCAGCUGACAAGUUGCCAUCUUGUGAAGACCACCAGGACCCUUUGGAGUCGACCCCUUCCAAGAAUCCCGAAGUCACUCCAUUUGACCCAUCGGAGUCUGAUAUGGAGGUUGAACAUGUGGAGCCCAGCGGCAACCCUCAGAAGUCGAAGGAUAUUGUAGUGGAAGAUACUGACAAGGUGUGGCUACAGUACUGCCCUAGCUUGCAGGUUUGUCUGACCAGUGAGUUGAUGCUGGUCAAGGAUGAGUUCAUUGUGCUACUUCGGAAGUGGUGUCAGGAACACUGUGGCUGCCCCCUGGAGAAGCUUGAUGGGGUCAUCCUUCAAGACCCGGUGCAGCUGUUUAUGAACUUUCAGGGUUACUACUUGGCCAACCGGACAAAGGACCGACGUGGAGCACUUGUUCCUGCCCCAGCACAUCUUCCACAAGCUGAACCUGUCAAAGCCACUGACUACAGCAACCUUCCUGAUGCCCAGCGGAAGCAGAAGAAAAGUAAGAAGGAGAUGGCACAAGCUGAAGCAGACAAGAAACAAAGGCUGCAGGAAAGGAAGGAUGCAAAGGAGCAACAGUUGAAGGAAAAGGAAGAGAAAAAACGAAAGCGAGAAGAGAAGAAGCAAGAACAAUUGGAAAAGAAACAGAAAAAAGAUGAGAAGACCAAACUGGCUAAAGAGAAGAAAGAGGCAAAAGUGCUUGCAGAGAACAAAGAUGCUGCUUCUGCUGACCAGAGCCCACCCUCCCCGAACCAGACCAUGCCUGGCACACCAAAACGCCCUGGUGCUUUGAUUUCGGCCACCCCACGACAGAAGAACUUUGUCAAAAAGAGAAGGUUGAGGGCUGCUGAUGCACAGUCAGAGCCGGGUGCCAGUGCUGUGGGUGAUGCUGGUCAGGGCCAGGGUGGGGAUGGGCAGGAUGCAAAGGCUGCAAAACAGGCAGCUUUGCAUGUCAAGGUUUUGGAAAACUACCAGCUACUUUUGUCCCAACCUGACUUUGCCAAAUAUGUUGCUUACAUCCCGAAGUUGGAUGCCGACAAGCCUGGUGCCAAAAGCUUCACAGCUUACCCAUAUGAGCAGGGAAAGUCCAAAAAUGGCAUUGGGGUCUUGUUCUACCGUCCUGCGUUCUAUGUACGACAUGCUAAGAUCUCUGAUGAGUUGUUGGAAGUUUUGAAGAAGGGGGUCAAUGCAGAUGUGACCUAUGAUGGAAGUGAUGGUUGCAGCUUGGGAUGGUCCCGCUUCAAAAAUGUCAUGCAGGCGUACCUCAGCUUGCAAGCCUUUGAACUUGAAGCUGAUGGUGUCUUUUGUGACAUGAUGUCCGAUGUGGGAUUCAUGAAGGGGGUGGAACUGGUGCUUCGAUUGGUACCACUUGCAUUGCUCUAUGGAGGAAUUGAUGGACCUGCCCCUGCGGCACCAUCAGGGUUGGCACCAGCUCAGGCUCCUGCAGCAGAUGUGCUCACACCCGUGCAAACCCCGAUCAAGAGCCCUGAGAAGAAGAAGACCAGAACAAUGGAACCAGUAGAACCCAGUGAACCACGCCAUAUGGUUUGCCUGAGGGACCUCUUCCAAUCGGGUUGGGACCCACACUUGUGUGGAAUGCACAAGCUUCUUGAAGAAUCCAUUGUGUGGCUGAAGUCCGUGAACAAGGGGCCCUUGAAGUGUGAGGAUUUCCCGGAUGACCUACAAUCCUUGCUGAUUGACUUUGGCAACUUCAACAAAGUUACCUCUGAUCUUGAUGCUCUCAGGGAACGUGGCAAGAGGGUUAUGGCUGCUGCUAGAGCAAAUGUGGAACAGCGUGUCAAGGAUGCCACAUUGCAGUGUGAAAGGCUGCCUGAUGGGCAUGAGGUCUUGGAGAAGAGGAAAGUGCUUCUUACGACAUGGUUGAAAAAACAGGAAGAGAAAGUCAAGGAGGAGGAGAACGACCUGGAAUAUCACCAUUCUUGUGUCCGCUCUGUCUUUGAGACCAAGCUCAUGGAGGUGAUCAAGUGGACCUUCAAAGAGUGGAAGGAAACACCUGCGCCUCCAGCAUUCUUGCAAAGUGAUGAAGACUUGAUGGCAGAGUUGGAUGCUGGACUUCAGUUCCUACUUCAAGAGGAUCCAAUGUCAAAACCGGGGGUGACAGAAUCUUCGAUCCCUGUCCCUAUGGAUGUUGAGACGCCCAAUGCAGCUGGAGCUCAACUGCCUACCAACCUGCAGAAACCAGAACCUGAAGUCCAACCGGAUGCUCUGUCAGCUGAGAAGUCUACAUCGAAACCUGGAGAGAAACUGGAGGGAGAGAAGCCUAGUUCGAACCAUGAAGUGGGAGAGAAACCAGAGCGAGAGGAGCUGAGUGUGAAACCUGGGGAGAAGCUGGAGGGAGAGAUGCCUACUUCAAAGCCUGAGGGGAAACCAGGAGAGAAACCAGGAGAGACCCUACCGACCUCUGCACCUCAGGAACACCUGUCAGAGAAGAAAGUGGAAAAGAGAGUCAUUGUCCCCAAGGGUGCAGAUUCCAAGAUCACCCACAACAAGGUCAACAUCUUUGACCCUGCUAUCUGCAAAAAGAUCAAGUGGGAAGCUAGAUCGCCGGAAGCUACACCUGAAGUUCCUACACCUGCAGGUGGUGAUCAGGGCAAAGCCCUUGAGAGGGCUGAUACACUUGCGAAGGAGUUCAAAAGAAUGGACACCUCUGACCUGACCACUGUGGACACUGAUACCCCGGUCAUCAUUGAUGGAAUCACCUACUACAAGAGACCAAAAACAGGUGAACUUGAGACUGUACCACAACGUGAAGCCCGCUUGGCCCACAACUCCUACAUGCGAUACAGUCGAUCGCUGACAGCAGAUCGAAAGCUCAACCAGUUUCUCUAUGAAGAGUGGCUGCAAGCUGAUGGUGACUGGGGUAAAUCCAGCAUUGUUUUCAACAGCAGGCAGCACCAUUCGUUUAAGAAGCGUGGCAAAUGGGUUUACCAGCCGUUCUGUGAAGUAGAACAAAAAUAUGGGUCUGCCAUUGCGAAGCAAAUCAAGAAGGACAAGAAGGACCUUGAGGCAGCCCGAUCUGAAGAUGAGGAGGACUGGGAUUUGCUGCGUAUGUGGGAUAGCUUGGUUCUGGAAGAAACCCAGGGCAACUCACAGGUGGCCCACAAGCCCAUCGGAGCUGGCUCCUUGUUGGAUGGCCCUGUCAGCAGGCAUCCACCUGGGCAGCUGCCUCCACCUGCACCGAAGGCUGAGCCCAAGAAAAGGUCCAACAAGGGAAAAGCCAGCAAGGACGCAGCUGGGAAUGCCAAGCCCAACUACAACAAAAAGAUUGGGGCCAAGAUCACACAGCUUUCCACCAAAGUCACAGAGAUCCGUUGUUUACAGACCAAUGCUCAAUCUUCGGGAAAACUGUCUGCUUCGAUGAAGGCUGCAUAUGAUGGAGAGCUUGUGGGACUCUUGCAGGAGACCGAUGUGGCCAGGAGUAAGAUGGAGGCUUGGUAUGCUCUGCGCUUGGAGGAUGAGCAGGUGGUGGGUGACCAACUCAACAUGUAUGAUACUCUCGUGGCACAGUUUGACAGCAUGAUGACAAAAAUCAACGGCUCUACAAAGUUGGUGAAGAAUGCCAUUGUAGCUGAUUCCCUCAACCGACUCUAUGCGGGAGUUGACUUCGAAGUUGAUGGCCACAUGACAACCAUACGUGCCAUGGUGACUCAGUUCCGUGGGGACUGGAAGUGGCAUCGGGCUCGUGUUGUCAUUGCAUGGUUGUCUGACGUGAUGGUCCACUAUGUUGGCAAUCGCCCUGGAGGUCUCAAUUCCCGUUUCGCCCACUGCUUUGCCCAAGAAGAUUGGAACCGUUUUGCAAUUCGCAUCGCA